AUGGCGUCAACAGUCAGGAAACGGCACGCCGGUGGGUUGAAUGGUGGCUUGACCCGUCUGCACCAUGGUAUUGUUUAUAGCCUUCCUUACGGACGGGCUCAGAUUGUGCCGUUUUUAGCCCCCAUAUUCACUUUGGCGUUUGCUGAUUCGCCUAUUCUUGGCCAAGAAUACAUACAGUACAAAACAUCCAGCUAA